GGUGGAAAAGAAGUGUAUACCGUCAUUACCACGCCCUACUCGCGUACGAAGAGCAGCAAGCUGGUCUCCGCUCAGUGGCAAAACUUACGAAGGCGCACGUGUUCCGAAAUGCGUUCCAAAAGAUGAACGUAAAGCUUGCUGUCCAGCUUUUCAGUGAAUCGGUUGCUACAUCCAUGGAGUUCUACAGCACUCGACAAGAGUGCACCAAGCUGCAUGACUGUGAAGGGACAGUGUCUUUCACGCGGAUGCUCAAUACCCUGUAUGACUGCUUGAACAUACAGCGAGCGGAAGAUGUUGCUAAGGCUGGGCCGGGACAGCUCAAUGUCAUCAAAGAGAGCAUCACGUGGCUGGAGGACUGGUGCAAUUAUAGGAAAACGCUGAACGAACAGCAGCAAGCUUGCUUUCUCAGCAGGCAAACCUGUGCAGCCUUAAGGAUAACUCUGAAGAGCACUGUUGACUUAGUCGAAUCGCUAAGGGCCUGUGGGUACAAGUAUGUGCUCACUGGAAAGCUCGGUCAAGACCCCCUUGAGGUAAAAACAGUGUUCUGUGCUACUGGCCAUGACCAGAACCUUAUGUUGAAAGCCGGCAAAGCACAGCUAACCCUAAAAUAUAUAUAUAUAUAUAUAACCCUGAAAUUUUUUGGCAUCAUGAGACACGUCACUGGAGAUGGUGGGCGCACGACAGCUGUACAGUUCUUGUAUAUCUACCGUAUGCUGUCCGUGAACAAUAUUGUGAAACCUCCACAACGCAUGAACGUCCAGGCCCAGGGACCACAACUCCUACUGACGCUCCAGAGCCUGUUUGAUCAGAAGUUGCCUUCAAGUAACCACGUAAGGGAAACUACAGCACUGGAACUACAGGAACUAAUUGUACAACAUCGCAUGCCAAGUACAACAUUCCAUGCUGAUAUGACGCUCGUAGUUGAAUAUGUCAGUGCCCUGGUGGAACAGCUAGAUAAUGUCCUGCUCGAUCCAGAAUGUGCAAGGGAUGCGGACCAGGAGGCUGAAAGUGGAACCAAGGAUGCCAUCUUGAAGUACCUCGGCGGAUACCUUGUGCACAAAUUUCGUGGAGGAGAUUGCGUACCAUGCCUUGCAUCGUUGGAAAGCCAAGAGCAAGAAACUGCGCGGGACCUGAUUGCCUUAAAGACCCAUGGCGACCUUAAGAGGCCAUCACCAGGGCUUAUGAAGUUGCUCAAGUUGGCGGAAUUGCAUGUGGAGGAAUCCACGCAAGGACACGUCAAAUUUUCCAUGUAUGCAGACAUCAUCGAGGCUGUUCUUAUGGAUGACGACUUACCAAGUGCUGCAGUUGGGUGAAGCGAACACUAUGUUGCGAAAACAGCAGAGGUGUUGCACCUCUUCCUGCGAUGCCGUCUGCAUUUCUUCACACGAGAGAAGAACAAGAAAUUCAACGAGGCAGUACGAAGGACUGUACCUGCUGGCGGAGGGAUGAAACAAAGCAAAGAAACCUCAUGAAGGAUCAAACUGAAUGGCUGAAGACAUCGUUGCUCUGAUACAAGCGCAAGCCAAAGACCAAAAAGACCC